CCCAAACAUAAACAAACUCGGAUUGUUUGCAAACCGGACUACAGUGUAAAGUGUUUCGCAGAGAACUCGGUGAUUAGUGCUGCAAAUUCGAGUGUUAGGUAUUACGGUGAUUAUCCUCGUUCUUCAAAAUGGGUCGCAAGUGUAGUGUCCCGGAGUGUGGUUCCAACUACGAGAGCAGAUUGCGCCUGGGACGGCACGCAACGAGCACCUUCAAGUUUCCCGUCGAUCCGGACAUUCGCGAGCGGUGGGUGUCAGCUGUGGGCAGACCGGAUGGUUGGCAGCCCAAGAAAACAUCGUGCAUUUGUAUGAAUCACUUCCGGAAGGAGGACUUCGAGAAGUUGAACAAACCGGCCAAGCUAAAACCGGAUGCCGUGCCGACGCUGUUCGGCAGCUCGAUGGCCGACUAUGAGCCGGUUAAGAAACCGAGUGAGCCACCGGAGGAGUUGAAUAUCGAUUUUGAGAGCUUGUAUGGACGAGUGUUGGAGAAGGCGGAGUUCGCCGGAUGGCAUUUCUACAGAAUGAAAGACGUUUUACAUUUUUACAAUUUGAAGGAUUGUGGUCGGGAUAAUCCUAUUCAGAUAAUCAACAGUGUAAAAAUAUUUGAUAAUAUGAAAAUCAACGUAUUUGUCAAGGAAGUGAAGCAAUCGGAUGCAGUGCUACGUCGAGUGCUUGGAAAGAACUUAAAACUAUGUAGGUGGUCGCAGUUUGAAGCUCUUCUCAAGAAGUAUGAGGUAAAAUUGACUACUUCCGGAGGUGAAGAAAGUAACGCUAAUGAUAAAAACAAAAGACCACAAACUCAAAUGGUAUUUAUCCCUGAUUCUGAAAUAAAAAAUGAACCUGUCGAAGACAGCGAUGGGUCUAAAGAUGAAAUGCAAUUAGAUAUGGACAUUGUGAAAGAGGAAACAAAUAUUGCGAACUCUGAUGAAGAUUCUGAUCAAGGGUCUGAUCGUUCUCCUGAGGAGAAGUUUAACUUGUACGAAGCGCUUCGAGAGCUUUCGAAAGCAAUAACUAAGCAUAAGUGUUUUAUCUGUAAUCGGGAACAUGAAACAAAUGAUCAAUACGAUUAUCAUCUAACGCAACAUAUGGAUAUGCUUCCUUACGAGUGCGACCGAUGUGUUACGGAAAAAGUUGUUAUACGAUCGCUACCGUCAUUGAACAAACAUUUCCUAAUGCAUAUGAAACCACUAAAAUGCCGAACAUGCGAUGCUCGGUUUACCACCUAUAAAUCAAGAUUGAUUCACGAGAAAAGCUUCCACGCUGCGGCUGAAUUGGUUCCUUGCGAGAUUUGUGGAGAAACGUUCCUGUCACAAAAGCAGUAUAAGAGACAUUUGAAGAACCACACCGAGUUAGAAGAAGUAUCCUGUAAAAUUUGCGAUAAGCAAUUCAUCACAGCCUUCGAUCUUGACAAGCACACCAAAUCAGUGCAUCCCAGCUCGGCGUCCUUUAACUACGAAGAACUCUCAACGGUUGACCCAAACGUUACCCUGGACUUCAACAUUCCGCCAGAAGGCGCCAACGUGAAACCGAAAAAAGAUUACUUCUGCAUCGAGUGCAACAAACAUUUGCCCAGCUCGAACAGCUACUAUUCGCACAUGCAGGGUCACAGAAAGCAGUUCAAGUGUGGCUUUUGCGGGGUCCGCAUUGCACGGCUGCGUGAUUUCCGAGACCAUGAAAACACCCACACCGGGAAGCGGCCAUAUGAGUGCAAUAUAUGCCAUAUGCGUUUUAUGGCCGCGUCCACAUACUAUGGGCAUAAGGCGAUGCAUCGAGGGGAGAAAAAGUUCUCCUGCGAAACGUGCGGUCGCGCUUUCGCCAGGAAGGAUCACAUGAUCAGCCACGCCAACACACACAAAAGGUUGAUACGCCGAGGACGACGCCCGGUGAAAAUGGAAGUUGAUUCAGUCGACUCCAAGGAGGAUGAUGCUGCGCCAGUGGCCCAGGAUAAUGAGAUGAACUCUGAAGUAGACCCUGUUACUGUUGCACCCCCCAAUGCAGACAAACCUGAGGAGGAAUCUUGAAUUACAUUUUUACUUUUAUCUUUACUUUUAUGUCAAUAAAUAUGCUUGAUCCAUGAUAGAAAAAUUGA